UUGGCCUUGAGUGGGGGAGAACCAGCCCUCGGGCCAUGACACUCCCCAGGGCCCAUUUCAGGGGGGUUGGAAGCUCCGCUCUGCAGCCAGUGGAGAAACCUGGGGCCGGCGCAGGAGCGGUGGAAGCUGCUGGGGCUGACGAAGAGAGAAGGCAAAGAUGCUGCUGGAGAGAAGCAAGAGCAGAGGCAGAGGCUGCAUACAGAACACACAGAAAGAAGACGGGGAGGGAAUGAGCCCGGCGGCAGCAAGAAGAAGGAAGCUCUCCACCGGUCCCGGCCGGGCCAGAAAAUGAGGCCCAAGCGAGCCCCGGAGGCCCGUGGUCCCAGCCGGGCAAUGCCAGGCCCCCCGAGGGCGGCCCCUUCGCCUCCUGGACCCUGAACCUCUCCAUCUCCACAGGAGGAGAAGGAGGAGGAGGAGGAGGAUGGUACCUGUCGGAUGCCCCAGCGAUGGAAGAGCCAACUGCCGAGCCCGUGUUAAUGGAUGUGGACAAGGGCCUGACGCUGGCUUGUUUUGUCUUCCUGUGCCUCUUCCUUGUGGUGAUGAUCAUCCGCUGCGCCAAGGUCAUCAUGGACCCAUACAGCGCCAUCCCCACCUCCACCUGGGAAGAACAGCACCUGGACGACUGAUGCCCCCGAACCAUCCCGGGCCUCCCCAGACAGCGAUGGAGGCCUCGGGGCCAUAUGAGGUGGACGCCAGCCGCAAGUCACUCAGCACAGCCCUCGAGCCCGGAGCCAAGUAGCCCCCUCGGCCCUCACACGCUCGGAUGGGCAAGUCGACCCGUCGAUUCCAUUUCUCUUCCUACUUGGGGAGGAGGCCCGUGAGCUGGCUUAUCCUCGGGUUAGUCGGAGGCCUGUCACGUGGAACGUGAGCUAACGGUGCCUAUGCUCCUACCCCCAUCCAAGGUCCGUAUUGCCUGAGGUCAAUGGUCAGUUCCCUGGGCAGCCCCUACUGUCCCCCCAAUAGCACACACAGCUGGCCAGGGGUCGGGCAUGGGUUGUGCCUAGCACAGGUCUCCAGUUGGGCCCCGUUUCCCCUGGGCCAGAGGCUGGCCAAAGCAGAAGGUGGGUAAUGUCCCAUGAGGAAAGCUGCAAAGGCUCAAAGGUUCGCCACUGUGGACACUGACCUCAAGCCCUUCCUCUACUCCCUGGCCCGUGAGACGGUGGCAGGCACGUACCUGAGAGCCCAGUGGAGAGAGAACUCCAAGGAGCGGUGUUAUUAUUAUAUUCAUUAUUAAUAAAGGUAAUGAUGAUGAUGAUAAUAAUAAUGAUUUUCCGCCCAACUGGCCUCGCUGCCAGAGAGUGGGCUGGCACAGGUCUGUAGAGGAGGGCAAGAGCAGCUGGGGUAAGAUCGAGUGCCUCCGAACAGCUGCCCUCCACCAUCGAAAGCGGAGGGGCCAGUGGGUGAGCUUGGUGCAUCGUUUCAAUUGGUUUCUUGUGGCUCUUCUCGCCCUGUGGGAGGCCAGACGGGAGGGUUGAUUGGGGUUCUAGGAUGAAAGUAGGCCCAGCCCUGUUGCCAUCAGAGGAUCCCGGGGGAACGGAAGAAGGUGACUCUCAUCUCUGGGGUUGCUGCUACAGACAGAGCUAGGGUCAGGGCAUUGAGCGUGGCCUUGUGUCUGUCCCUGGGCUGUGGGGUCGAGUUCUGGCCUGCAGCCAGAGGGAGAUGGAGGUGUCAUCCCCCGACUUCCCGGACAAUCGUUAGGGGGCAACGGCCCUUUCCCAGCUCUUGACAGAUGCCACAGCAUCAGUCAAGUCACACUAUUCCCGGUCAGAAAGUCGCCCAGCUCUAAGAACUCUGGGUAAGGGGAGGGUUAACCGGGGCCGCAACUGCCGGAUUCAUUUCUGUCGCCACAGCCUUCGACUGGCAUUCUACCUCAGAGAAAAAAAGCACCUUCUGAGAAAAGACAACGUCCCACAUCUGCAUCACUCAUAAUUUCCUUUGGUUCCCCCUUAGAUCUCUCAGAAAGGGUUGGAUGACCCCCCAGGGCAGUUGGACACACUCCAAAGAUCCAUCAGGAUGCCUGCCCCGGGAAGAUGUAGAGGGGUCUCCUUCGGCUCCCCUCACCCUGCCUCGCCUGAGCCCUAGUGCGUCGGUUUUCACCACUCUGGCCCUGGGCCCCUUUAGUAACUUGGGGAGAGGAGAGUAGUUGGCCCUCAUGCCCUUCCCUCAUACCCACCUCCCCCUUUCUGCCUGGCGAAGGGUCCGAGCUAGGAGAGGCAGAGCUAUCUGUCUGACAAGGCCUCGGUCAGACCGCGCAGGCCUGAGGCAGCUGAGGCUUUAGCUUUCGGCUGCUGCUGGGAUGUUUCGGGUUCACUCACAAAUCCAUCCCGAUCAGAGGGGAGAGAAAAGCAGUGGGGAGGAAGAGAAUGCUUUGGCCUCCAGCUUUGCCCUCCCAUUGGACACCAGGCUGGGAACUCCCUGUUCUCCUCUUUCUGGGCCCCGUAUGUCAGGAUCCAAACAUACCCCACUGGGUCGGGUUCCUGCGGGAAGGCAAGGGAGAAUCCAAAACCAAUGUAGUCAGGAGCUGUUUCCAACCUCCAGCUCGUUCCCAACAGCUUAUGGGGCUGGGCUAGUGACUUAUCUUCUCCAUGCCUCCGUUUCCUUUGGGUAACCCCUGCCACUACCUACCUCCCAGGCCACUGUGAGUCUUCCUGAAAUGUUGUUGCAGUCUCUCUUGAGCUCUUUAGCGAGCGGCAUUACCUGGCUCGAAGAUCGUACUGAAGCGUGAAGACCGUCGCUGCCUAGAGCUGGAGGACAGGAGGAGAGUGGUAUCCCUGGGCAUUUCUGGUGGGCGGAAGAGGCCCUUUGGCAUCGUCCUGGGCCUGAGGAUCUGAGUUGGGGUGAAAUGAGUGAAGAACCCAGUGCCCUCCCUCCUUUGGGAAAAAAAUGGGGGUCUUUCCUCUGCCUCCAACUGAAUCUUUCCAACGCUGAGGCUCCGAAUGUUGUCUGGUUCCCCGUACCUCCCCAUCUCUGAUAUUCCACACUGGUAAACUUCUUAGGCGGCCCCCGACAUUCCCUGAGCUUCCAAAUGUAAAGUGCCAGGUGAGCAGACAGCCCAGAGGUGGCAGACGGGUCUGGAGUUUGGGCCUCUGCUCCAGCCCCCAAAUGACCCGGGAGAAUUAGCGUGGCCCAGUGGAUAAGCACACAGGCCCGGGAG